GGCGUCGCGCUUGGAGGGCCGGGGCCAUGGCUUCCUGGGCAGCUCUUUCGCCCAGCAUCGUGGAGUAUUUCGAGGGCGAGGACUCCUACCGCUGCGGCUAUUGCAAGAAUGAGUCGGGCAGUCGCUCCAACGGCAUGUGGGCACACUCCAUGACCGUACAGGAUUAUCAGGAUCUCAUAGACCGAGGAUGGCGGAGAAGUGGAAAAUAUGUGUACAAGCCUGUCAUGAAUCAAACGUGUUGUCCCCAGUACACGAUAAGGUGCCGACCUUUACAGUUUCAGCCAUCAAAAUCACACAAGAAGGUUUUGAAAAAAAUGUUGAAAUUUCUGGCCAAAGGGGAAAUUUCCAAAGGAAAUUAUGAGGAUGAUCCUAUGGAGCCCACCAUGGAGGACACCGUUGCUGGUGACUUUGGAUUAAUAAAUAAAUUGGAUAUACAGUGUGACCUUAAAACGCUCAGCGGUGACCUCACAGAGAGCUUUGACAGUGAAGAAAAGAAGAAAGGAAAAAGCCCAAAGAAGGGAGAAUCUAAUGAAUUCAUUCAGUCACAAGAUAUAGAGGAGAAGUUGGGCUCUGGUGAGCCAUCACAUCCAGUUAAAAUGCCCAUGGCUCCUAAGCCAGGCAAAGGAGCAGAUUUGAGUAAGCCUCCCUGUCGAAAAGCAAAGGAAAUCCGGAAAGAAAGGAAAAGGUUAAAACUGAUGCAGCAGAACCCGGCUGGAGAACUUGAGGGUUUCCAGGCUCAGGGUGAACCACCGUCUUUGUUCCCACCAAAGGCUAAUAAAUCCAACCAGCCCAAAUCGCUCGAAGAUUUAAUUUUUGAAUCUUUACCAGAGAAUGCAUCACACAAGUUGGAGGUGAGGGUGGUGAGAUCAUCUCCACCAAGUUCUCAGUUCAAAGCCACAUUUCAGGAGUCUUACCAGGUCUAUAAACGUUACCAGAUGGUUAUUCACAAGGAUCCACCUGAUAAGCCAACUGUGAGCCAGGUGAGGUUAGUACCUGUCUCCUUUGAGGACCCAGAGUUCAAGUCGUCCUUCAGCCGGUCAUUUUCUCUAUAUGUCAAGUAUCAAAUGGCCAUACACCAGGACCCGCCCGAUGAGUGUGGGAAGACUGAGUUCACAAGAUUCCUUUGCAGCUCACCUUUGGAGGCGGAGAAUCCCCCUAAUGGACCAGAUUGUGGUUAUGGCUCCUUUCACCAGCAGUAUUGGCUUGACGGGAGAAUCAUUGCUGUGGGGGUGAUUGACAUCCUUCCAUACUGUGUGUCAUCUGUAUAUUUGUACUACGAUCCUGAUUAUUCAUUUCUGUCUUUGGGUGUCUACUCUGCACUACGAGAAAUUGCUUUUACGAGGCAACUUCAUCAGAAAACAUCUCAACUCAGCUAUUAUUAUAUGGGUUUCUACAUUCAUUCAUGUCCCAAGAUGAAAUAUAAGGGUCAGUAUAGACCUUCUGAUUUGUUGUGUCCUGAGACGUAUGUUUGGGUGCCCAUCGAACAGUGCCUGCCUUCACUUGAGAACUCAAAGUACUGCCGUUUCAACCAGGACCCAGAAGCAGUGGAUGAAGGUCGCAGUAAAGACCCUGACCGUUUGCAGGUGUUCCACAAGAAAGCCAUAAUGCCUUACGGCGUUUACAAGAAACAGCAGAAAGACCCGGGCGAGGAGGCCACUGUGCUGCAGUACGCGAGGCUGGUGGGGCAGACGUGCUCCGAGCGGAUGCUGCUGUUCCGGAACUGAACCCGCGCCGCCCCCGCUCCCGCCCGGGCACCCACCCUGUGCCCGUGACGCGCGCCGCACGGUACAUGCCCCUCCCUCCAGGGACGUUCCAGACCCGCCCACAGAUUAGACUUUUUUAUUUUGACUAUUAUAUGGCUUUUCUAAAAUAUUUUGUGGCAGUGUAUUUGUGAGAAUCUCCUGGUUAAUACAAAGAUUUUAAAAAUACGUCGUGACCUAGCCUCAUAAUUGGGGCUUAUCGUUUUGGAAGUUUGUUUUAUGAGCAAGAUACAGUAUAAACUUCUCAUGUUACUAUUUUGGAAAGUAAAAUUAGAAAGUGGAUCUUAACUAAUUUAAAUCACUGUUGUGCUUUUUUUUGUCAAAGAAAUUACAA